CUCGGAUGCGUUCGCACCGCAGCGCUCGCGCCUUGCUCCCUGCGCGCGCUCUCUCUCUUUCUCUGUACGCGGCCUCCACUCUCUCUCGACGUACUGCCGACGAUGUCCGCCCUAGCUUGUUGCACGAACAACGAGUCCGGUCCGUUCGAACACACUAGCAGUUCACCAGCUUCAAGCAAUGGAGCGCCGGAAGACGACGGCAGGAGCCAUGCGUCCUCCACUUCCUCGUUUCGACACAACAACGGGUCCACCUAGACUCGAGCAGAACUUGGAGGGCCUGCGCUUUGAGUCUCCGGCAUGGGCUGCUCAAACCCUUCCUUCAAGUUCGUCACCGCCAGCACAGAAAGCGCCGUCGCCGCCUCAACUCGUAAUGCCUGCCAGCCCAGCUCCGAGCUCGACCGGACUCGAUGUUACGUCACCCCCGACUAUCGAUGCGCCUGCUGGCGAUGUUAUGCCAGCGCACCCGCAGCUUCACAUUGUGCCCGCGACGCCUGUCAGCGGAGGUGCCGAUGGGCGGCAACCGUCCCUAUCCCAAAAUGUACCCUCGGAUGGUCAACACGGGCUGACGUCCUCAGAUCCGGAAAACUGGGAUGCGCAUGCGCAGUUGUCGCAAUCCAUCCAGGACCAAGUGGGUACAUCGGGAAUGUGCUAUGGCGAUGAGACGUCGGGUGAUUCGUUACAAGCCCAACAAAUAUUUAUCGGCGCAAGCGCCACAAUGGUCGCGAAGCCUGUCUGAUACAUCGCUCCGACCUCCUACCUGGGAUACCGUGCCCAUGCUGGGUGGCCAUCAUCAAGGGGCCGGCAUGAGCGCUGAUGACAGUUUGUAGCG